CAUAUCGUGGCAUGCAUAUAAACAUUUCACGUUUUAGUACAUCGGCGUUUCGGAAGGCGCGAUUCACGGCGGCCGCCAUGGAUCCAGCAGGAGCAUCGGUAGCCAACGCCAUCGGAGGAAGCGAAGGCGAGAAAUUCGCUAAAGGGAAUAUCUACUCGGUGAAGCUAAUCACCGGAGAUGAGUUCAGAGGGAUCGUCAUGGCCUACGAUCCAAUCCCCAACUUCGUCGUUUUCGAAGAGGGUUCGAAACCGAGACCUGGGCACUCGAAGAACACUCGGAUGGUGAAUGCGAGUUUCAUUACAGGGCUUUCGUAUCUGGGCAAAACCGAGGAGCCGCUUCUUACGGACAGCUGUUGGGUUAAUCUCGACGGUCUCCGAGCUAAAGAAGCACUUGCUGUCAGGCAAGCGGAAGCGGAUGCUGAGAGAAUGGGUGUUGGUGUUACCGCUGAGGCGCAGAGUAUCUUCGACGCCUUGUCUAAGACGCUUCCUGUGCAAUGGGAAAAGUCAGACAUAUUGGUGAUGAAAGAAGUACGGGUACGUAGCCCCUAUCUUUCCGAUUGUGUCUUUGGAGGAACUGAUGCUGCCAACAACCGAGUCAAGAAAGUGCUUGAGCUGGAGAGACGAAGGUUGCAACUCUUUGGCACAUGAGUCCAGUGAAAGGAGUCGGUCAGUGAAGUUGCUUUAAAGGGUAUAUGUUACUGCUAACCCCAAAAAAAAAGCGUCUAGAUCUGAUCGACCAGCGAGAAGUGUCUGUUUCACUUUUCGCCUGUUGUUGUUUUUACCUAGAAUCUGCUUCUCAGAGAUUUCUUGAUUUUCUGGUGGAUUACACCAUCUCCUUGUUUUUGUUAAUGUUAUUACAUCAUCAUCUUAUUCAA